GGUACGAUUGCCUCAAAGUUGGGGAAAAAUUCUCAGUAUUAGCGUUAUUGAGUAUUGUAGUUAAGCAGAGGCAGUAACCGUAGUAAAGCGGGACCGUCCAGCGAGCAUGAGGAGCCGGACGAGUGCUCUGAGGAAUCUCCGCCAGAAAUGCGGAGGCGGUUGCACCAGCGACGAUGACACGCCGGAGGUCAAGCUAAUCAACUCGCCGCCAACGGAAUUCAACUUCAUUCAGAGUCGUCGGAAGGCCCCCAAAUACCAGAAGAUCAUGUGCUACAGCACCGAUUGGGAGAAGUCCGCGUUGGUCAGCAAUUUCCAGAAGAGGGGAUGGCUCCAGGUGCCCUCCUUCAAUGGCGAAUGGAACUUCUACUGGGCCUGCACUCAGAAUUGUCGUUACAUCUUUGGCAUCGAUCAUCCGUAUCGCAUGCGAUCCGAUCAAGUCAUCAAUCACUUUCCCAACUCCGUGGAGCUUUCGCGGAAAGAUCUGUUGAUCAAGAACAUCAAGCGGUAUCGCAAGGAUCUAGAGCGACGGGGUGAUCCUUUGGCGCAAACCCAUUCACCGGACACCAAACUGGGCAUUGGUGGCACUCGCUACAAGCACCUGGACAUCAUUCCCAUGACCUUUGUCCUGCCCUCCGACUAUCAGCUGUUCGUGGAGGUCUUCCAUCGCAAUCCGGCCAGCACGUGGAUCGUGAAGCCGUGCAGCAAAUCGCAGGGCGUCGGCAUUUAUCUGGUGAACAAGCUGUCCAAGCUGAAGAAGUACGCCUACGAUGCCAAAACCUUCUAUCCUCAAAUCAACCGGGACACCUGCGUCAUCUCGAAGUACAUCGACAAUCCCCUGCUCAUCGGUGGCAAGAAGUUCGACCUGCGACUCUUCGUUCUGGUGACCACGUUCAAUCCCCUGAAGGCGUAUCUCUACAAGGAGGGCUUCUGCCGCUUCUGCACCGAGAAGUACGACCAGGCCGAGAUCGACAACGUCUUCAUGCACUUGACCAAUGUCAGCAUCCAGAAAACCAACGAAGAAUACAAUGCAAUCCACGGUGGCAAGUGGCCUCUCCAGAAUCUGUGGCUCUACUUGGACAGCCUGCGAGGCGAGGGCGUUUCGGAGAUGCUGUGGAGCCGCAUAACCGACACAAUUCGCCACUCCCUGGACGCAGUGGCUCCGGUGAUGGCCAACGAUCGUCACUGUUUCGAGGUCUACGGCUACGACAUCAUCAUCGAUAAUACCCUGAAGCCCUGGCUGAUCGAGAUCAACACGUCGCCGUCGAUGCACUCGACCACCACGAACGAUCGCAUGCUGAAGUCGCGGCUCAUCGACAACGUCCUGGAUGUUGUGGUGCCGCCAAACAGCUUCCCAGAUGAGCACUGGGAUAAGACGCCCAAUCCGGAGCUGCUGAAGAACUUCACUGUGCUGAAACCCAUUCCAGUGACUAAGACGCCGGCGAAGGAGCCAAUCCGACGGAAGGUCAGGUCGCACAAGAAGCGCAAUUCGAAGUGCAGCGCUGCUGCCGCCGGCUCAUCCUCCACACAUCCUCCUCCAGCAGAAGGACAGCCCAAGGUGAUGAAGAAGUGCAAGGAAAAGCGAUGAGGAGAUGUACUGAGAUGUUUGGAGGAGAUGUUUGUCAAAUGGAAAUCAAAUCGUGGCUGCACUGGUUGUUUAUGGAAAUUUGUAGCUUUUAAUUCGCAACUCGGCAUGUUCGGUAUCGGUAUCGCACAAAUUACUUAGUACUUAUUACUUAUUGCUUAUGGAGUAGACAAAAUUAAAGUAUCGUUUAUUCGCUAUA